AUGUUCAAGGAUUCGGGCACUUUCAGAUUUGACAGGCGGCGGAAAUUACUACCAAAGCUCACGCUGUGGAGGCAGAGCUUUGUGCCGCUGCGUACAGAGCUACACUUGGCCUCAAACCCAAACUCGAGCGCUCUGUCCACGCUUAUCACGGGCUUCUACAUGUUCAGCAACGGGUCCGCCCUCGCCGCCAAAGCCAUUGAUAUUGAGGAAAGGUUAGGCUACGUUCGGAUCAACACGAACGUUAUCGACGGAGAAACGCGAAGUCUGGAAAAAUUGACGUGUGCAAUCGAAACCCGUGAACCACUAGGAGAAGACCUGUCGACUCAACCGAUCAAGCUGAAUGGGCCUUGGUAG